ACCGCCAAGGUUAGUUUGAUCCGUCGCAGUCCGCAGUCCUUGUCAAGAUGAGGCCUAACGCUACGGUACAUACAUGUCAUGCCCUUUGGAAACGAUAACAUUGUACGUGCUGUACGUGCCAAGCUGAUUUGCAACGUCACUAAUUUUUCGCUCUAUCAAAGAAAUUCAACAUUGUCUGGUUUUGCCAAUUUUCGUCUUCUUGUUUAGGCAUAAUACUCUAGUACACAUGUGAGAUAGGCUUCAAGUCUGUGUUUGUUUUCUUAAUUAUGUCUUGACACUCCACUUCAUUUUGGAAUAAUGCAGAAUAAAUAUCGAAAAUCUGGUAUUCAGACCCUGUCAAUACCAUGGCUACAAGUCUCCCUCAUGAGUUUCGCAAAUUCAUGCGAAGCUCCCAACUUCUAAGUCGCAUUUUGUCUGAGACAAGUCGUUCAUUGAAAGAAAUAGAUGAUGCUGGAUUUUUCCAAGGAGAAGAAGUAGAGCAGGAGCUUUUGGAAGUUGGUACCACUCACCAACUUGAACAACUAUCUCGUUUCCUCGAAGGUCGUCCUGUUCUGGUUGUGUUAGGCCAGUCAUGCAAAUCAAGAGCUCAAUUUGUAAAUGCUCUACUGGAGACAAACCUUCUCCCUAUUUCAGGGGGAGAUUGGAGGUGGUCAAGGAUUUUGUAUGGGCGAGUUGGUCAUGUAGCGCUAACUGUGGGUUUGGAGUUUGAGGUGGUUGAAAAACUGCAAGCACAUGAAAAACCUUUGAGUACUGUCCCAGAAGAAGAUCUGAUCAGGCCAGCUGGGGAAGAUAUGGCCGUGGAGCAUUUAGCAGUUGUUGAAGUGCAAGUUUGUCAUCCUGUUGUUAGAGAUGGAUCAACUAUUCUUGUUGUCCCCAAUUUGGAUUACUCUCAAUCAGAUGAAAGAGCUAGCCUUUCACACAUGCUACAAUGUGACUCUGUUCUUCCUGUAUUAAUCUAUGUUAUGGAUAAACCUUCAUUAAGUCAAAAGGAUGUAGCAGAACUCCACGAGUUAAAGCAGCUAGCACCAGACAGCCCCAUAUUUUUUACAAUGACAUCACCAAAUAUUUCUUCAUCAAACUCUGCAGCUGCCAGUGAUCCAACAAUGGAACUAACAGAAUCAGAACAACAUGAAUUGGAGCACGAACAUCAACAGAGCAAUGGAGCUUCACAGAAUCAAGAAGUUAAAACCAAGAUAGAAGGAAGACCGUGGAGGAGAGACUCUGAAAUUCAAAAUUUAGCUCAGCAACUAGAAAAUUUGGGGUUCCUUUCUCCUGAUGAAGCAUGUGGGCCAACACCUAAAAGUGGCGUGCGUGGUGAACGAUAUGUUCGCAAAUCAUGCCUAUCAACUGGCUCAGAUCAGCUCCUCGGAUUAAAUCAAUUUGCCAGAGGUGUCCUUAGAUCUCACCUCGUGACUGUAGCAAUGCAUCUGAAUCAGGUUCAUUGUGCUAUACUACGCAGAUUUAUUCUUUGUGCAUUUGACAAAGCUCGUGAAAUUCAGAUUACUCCUCGACGCAUGCGAUAUGCUUUGGAAAAGGAAACUGAACUGUAUCGUGCUCUUGUUGCCAUGGCAAGUGAAAAGCAGGCUGAGGUUACAGACUUGAUUGAGAAUACUUUAGAAACUAUGCAAUCUGAAUUAAUUGAAGAAGCUGCCCAAUACCAGUACAGAGGAGGAAGUCUUUCAGCUGCUGGAGAAAGUGGUCCUGAAGGCACUCCCCGGGCAGUUCGCUUGGCUGCCACAGAAAUUCAGCAGUUAGUUUUAUCUCGUCUUUCCCAUGCUGUAGCACGGAGACUUGUUUGUUCAAUGGACUGUCUACAGGAUUCUGUAGUUGGAACAUUGUUAAGAACUUUAUGUAGUUUGGAAAGAACAGAUAGGGCAGAACUUGGAGAUGUAGCAGAGCCAGAUCUUUUUGUAUCUCAAGAUUCUAAAGAGGCCUCAGAAAGUUGGGAUCUUUCUAGUUGUACUGAAUCUCAAGGAUUGGUUGUCUCUAACAAUCAAGGACCACAACUUGCAAGUGAUGCUUUAAAACAAAUUUUGAGUGCUGCUUAUUCUGUUCAACUUUCUACAUCUACAUCGUCCUCUUUGCUUCAUGGAUUUAUGGAGCGCCUGCGUCAGCUUCUGUACAGUGUUCAGUUGCCUUGGAGUGCUCCCCCACGCCUUGAUGCUGUUUGGAGGAGAAGGGUUGCGCUAGAAAUGUUAGAAAAUCUUAGUCCUCAAAGAUUAGCCAAAUCUAUCUCAUCACAGUUUAGGGAACGUGUCAGGUUGUCACAUGAAGCAUUCCUGGCUGCUCUGAGAUCUCUUGCCAAUCAUUAUACUGGUCAUUUAGAAAAGACUGAAGAGCAAAGAGUAGCUAUCCGAGGACAUCAUGCACCCAGACUUGCCAGAUUGGCACUGGAGACCACAUCCAUUGCUGAUAUGGUUCGCUAUGGUAUGCCUCAGCUUGGGAAAGAAAUUGGUCGUGGUCAGUAUGGUGUUGUGUUCUCAUGUGAGUCAUGGGGUGGAACUGGUCCAUGUGCAGUUAAAUCAGUCGUGCCACCUGAUGAAAAGCAUUGGAAUGAUCUGGCUAUGGAAUUUUACUACACAAGGACUGUCCCUGAACAUCCUCGUAUUGUAAAACUCAGAGGAUCUGUUGUUGAUCACAGCUACGGAGGAGGAUGUUCCCCUGCUGUUCUGCUUGUCAUGGAUCGUCUGACAAGAGAUCUCUACUCUGGCUUGCGUUCUGGAUUGCCUUGGAAAACACGUCUUCAAAUUGCCAUCGAUGUUGCAGAAGGUAUCAGAUACUUGCACUCACAAGGACUUGUGCACAGGGAUGUCAAACUCAAGAAUGUUCUUCUUGACUGUGAUAAUCGAGCAAAGCUCACCGAUUUGGGAUUCUGCAUACCAGAAGCUAUGAUGUCAGGAAGUAUUGUCGGAACUCCUGUUCAUAUGGCUCCUGAAAUGCAUUCUGGCCACUAUGAUUCUAGUGUUGAUGUCUAUGCUUUUGGCAUUUUACUUUGGUAUAUUUGUGCUGGCAGUGUAAAAUUACCAGCAGCGUUUGAACAGUUUCAUAAUAAAGAACAACUGUGGACUAGUGUCAGAAAAGGAAUUCGUCCAGAGCAACUUGCACAUUUUGACCAGGAUUGUUGGCAGUUGAUGGAAGAAUGCUGGUCAGGUGACCCAGCAGCCAGGCCUCUUCUUGGUUAUGUUCAACCACAGCUUGAAAAAAUAGCUGAGAGAUUUUGCCAUCAGAAUGGACAUGAUCAUCCCACAGUAGAGGAUGAGGCCCCAAGCACUAGCCAAGUCAAUGCUAAUGUUCGCGCUUUUCCCUUCCCUCCCCCUGCUGAGGCACCUGCAGCACCUAUACCUGUACCCCUGCCCAUUCCAUCCAGCACUGACUUCUGGCACCAUGUAAGGGAAGUCUAAGUUGUGAUAUGUCUGCAUAUAAUUGAUGUGCUUAACCUAUCUCCAUAGAUUAUAGUAAUGUACCUUAUUAUUAUCAUGAAUCUCAUGAAACGAACCAAAUGUACUUAAGCUGCUAAAUUUUCCAUCAGAGAAGUCUUUUUCUGUGAUUAAAAAAUUAAAUGUAAGCAAUUCUUUUAUUUUGCUCAGAUAAAAUUUGUCUUAUGCAUCACAUAAAAUUGUAAUUUGUACUCCAGGUUUUACCUAUAUAGUUUUAUUUUUUCUCACCAAACUCAAGGCCUGAAAUGAACUGUUAAUGACUCUCAUUGAGUUAAGAAUUAAUUUUGAUUUCCAAUGACAAUACGCAUGUUGCAUUUGGUGUUAGUAUCUUUCUUGUGAUAUAUUUUCUGUGACCAAAAAUUAUCUAUUUAUAAUUAAUGUGACAACCUAUUCUGGGUUUUAGCUUUAAUGGACUGACUAUUGUUUUACCAGCCGUAGAAGUAAUUACCUCUUGCCUAACUGUCUUCCUUUCACACAACUUCCUAUUUUCUCUGUUCAAAAUGAAAACGAAAAUUUUCUUCCUCAUUGUAACUGUUUUUGUCAAUCAUUAUAUUGAAGGAUUUUUAAGAGCCAGACUGCUUUUAAACUUCAUCGUUUAUUACUGUGUACUGUAUAUUUUUCUCAAUCAUAAAUCUCAACUAAAGAAGAUUAA